AUGGAUGAUUCUGUGUUACCAAAAGUGAGUCGAUUUUAUCGCGCACCAUCUAAAGAAUUCUACAAGAAUGAUACAAAAGAAAAGGAGGACGAGGAGCAAGAAGUUAUUUUUAAAUAUUUUGGAGCAUACUCUAAGCCAUACUCUCCAUCAUUCUCAAAACCAUUAUUUGAUCCAAUAUUUGAAGAAAGCGUUUUUGAUUUUGACAACGAUUUUCGCUCAUUAUCCGUUGAAAAGGAGCUCCACACGCCGAGAUCUAAUGUUCUUCAACUAAGCGAAAGUUUUGAAAAAAUGAAAAUUAACGGAAGAUAUAAACCAGAUUAUAAUUUGAUGGAUUUACAAAACCCUCAAACACCAACAGUAAUUAUAUCGGACGUGUUACCUUUAAAUUCUAACUCCAAAGUAUAUAACAAAAGUUAUACAAAUAUAGUGGACAACAUUUUUGAACCAAGUGAAAUUAAUUAUUUGAACCCAGGUGGUGUCAAAAGGUACAAAACAGAGUACGAAAAAAAUAACCUCAAGAAUAACUACACAGAAAAUUAUUUUUUCCCAAAUUAUACGGAAACUAAUUAUCGUCAAGUACGUUUCCAACCAAAACGCGGUACGUUUCAGAACCAAAGAAGAAAAUCGCUGCAAAGUGUUCAAAACUCAUAUCAACACGCAUUAACAUUUUCUCCACGAUUAAAUACACUGACACUAAACAACGAUGACAAUCGUCUUUCUUUUUCACUUGAUUCUUACGAUCUGAGAGAUUUAAAAAGACGGAUUCAAGUUAGUGACUUACGCAAAGCAUACGAAGAAAAACUUCAAAAUAUGAAAUGGCAUGACUUUCAAAGCAAUGAACGUAGAAAUCAGCUAUUUGACAUCAAUUAUGAAGAUAAUUAUUUUGGUGACUCUUUGAAAACCAAUAUUAUUUAUAAAACAAAUUAUAGAGUUGACAAGUCUACACAAACAUACACAGAAAAUAACUCUGAUGAAAAACCAUUGACAUAUAAAUCAAAAUGGGAGAUAAUUCGAAGAAAGAUAAAAAACAAUGAAAUUGCACUACUGAAUAAAGAUGAAGCAGUAAAUGAAAAGAAAAAAAAGUAUGAAAAUAUUGAAGUAAACGAAGUAAAUGAAAAGAGUUCGAAUAGUUUGCUGGAAAAUAGUUAUCCGAAUGAUACAUUGUCUUAUAGAAAAAAAGUCUCUCCGAACCUUAAUGAUCAAAUUUAUGAUUUCCCAGCAUCUUUGAGUACUGAAAUAAAUCCAGGAUCAAAUAAAAAUUCUCAUUUGGAGAUCUCAAAUAAGAAAAAAAACAGCUUUUCUUCAAAAUCCAUCACUAGCAACGACGUAAAUAAUAAUGGCGUUAAUAAUCCAAACAACUAUUUAAACAAUAAUUCUGAGAUAAAUUAUGUAGCUAGCAACAAUUUAAAGGACAAUAUUCAAGAAAAAAUAAAUCUAGAUGAUUCAUUUUCAAGCAGUUCAAAAAAUCACGUAAAUUAUACAGAUGUCCCUUAUUCUGCAAGAAGCCAUACAAACCACAUAAGUGCCGAGCUUUCUUACGAUAGAAGUAUUAUGAAACGUUUAAGCAUUGUUUCAAAUAACGAUAGAAGGCAAACAUUGCAUAAACGUAAGGAAAUAAACGAGAGAGGCCAACCAAUAUACACAAAUACAGAGCCUUCUUAUGAAAGAAGAUACACAGAUCAUACUGUUAAAAAUGUUACAGCUGGAAACAAAGGUAACAAAAAUGACAAUGAUAACCUUUUUAAGAACCAAAAUCAAAUCUCUAAGAAAACUGUACGAUCAUACAGCCAUUCAAAAAGUGAACAAGAAGUUAACAUGAUCCAACACGAGCGCGCUAAAAAUGCAAAGUUAUACACUCGCGAUAUCACAUUAAAUGUAGAAAAGUAUAUCGGAAAGAGAUCAGGUAUAUCUGUUUUGAUUACACCUGUUUUUAAUGAAGAACCUUAA